GGGAAAAAACGAUUAAAAUAUUGUAUCACUUUUUAUUUCUUUACAUGAAUUGCUGCCCCUGCUUUGAAGAAAUUUCUGAGAAACGAACUUAAAAAUUUCGGAUUUAUAUCUAGGACAAAGAAACGAAAUGCGCAACCGUGUGUUAUCUCAAAGCCAGCGUUAAAAGUGAAAGUGGAAGGUCAGAGUUUGAAUUCCUUUAUUGUGUAUUAGCCUACAAAAUUAAAAAGACGACAAGCAGAUUAUUUUUGCUUGAUCAAGAAUUAGUGUUGUGUAGCUGUAAAGCCCAGGUUGCAGUAUCUGUAUGACUCUCUAAAUGUUCUGGAAUGGAGUGUAAAACCGAACUGUGACGGGCUGAACCAUGAUGGCCACACGGCCUACAGUGACCCUGAAGAGGUUCAGAGGUCACAGCACUCUGGCUAGUCUGACUAAGAACUCAAGUAGUUCUGGAAGCAGUAAAUGCUGUAGUAGAAGUAGGUCAGCUGUAGAUGACACUUGUCAGACCACGAGAUGUCCUGCCACACGUGUGUUGGAUAUGUCGACACUGCCAGGUCGUACGUCUCUGCUGGCGGCUGCCACACGGCCCAUUUGGUCUUCUUCCAAACAAACAGAUCUCAUGGCCAGAGGGAACACUCUUCCCACAGCCUCAUUUUCAACUUUGGCUGGCAGGAAAAGACACGUUGGUUUUAAAAGAAAUUGCUCAACGUACGAUUUGAAAAAUAUUCCUGUGAGUAGUGAUGUGAGAAGGAAAAAUAGCUGGAUGUUUGAUUCCAAAGUGCAAGUUUCUGACAAUGACCCUUGCAGUAUUCUCAGAACGGCCGUCCAGUCUGCUGAAAAGGGUCAUUUUUUUCCGCAGGAUUAUUUACCAUUUUUCUCCCAGUACCAGACUUGUGUUUACGCCAGAUUGGGUCUCUCUCACGUCCAUCAGAUGCCUCUCCUUGGUGAACCAAAGAUUUGGUUGGAACCAGCCAACAAUCUAAAUAUUAAGUCUUUCACGAUAGACAGCGAAAGUUUUGAAAUGUUAUCAUCUCUCGUGGUGACUAAUGUCGAUGAUAUUCCCAGUUCCCACGUCCCACGGCUUCUUCACCACCUCCACUAUUUGCUUCUCUCUGGCAGUGAAAUGGUGAAAGUUCUUUUAAAAAGGUCAGAACAGCUUGUGCAUUUGUUUGAUCUUCAAGAUUUAGCUUUCCUUGCAUCCAGCGGAGUUUCACAUCAUAUGGAGGCUGAAGAUGUGAGGAAGCUAGUAGACAGGACUAAAGAACUUCUUGACACCCAAAAUGUUAAGGAUGUCAAUGUUGGUGACCUGUGUGUGAUAUAUGGAAACCUCCAGUCUCACAUGACUACGCCCAUGUUUGAUUUAGGUGCAAGAAUUAUUUCUGGGAAACUCAGUUGUGAGGAACUUGAUCCCACUGUAAAUAUUUUUGGUACCGUUGAGAUGUUUAAUAAACUAUCUAAAUUUGAGUGUGUUGAAAGUCUGGACAAUUCAAUAUUUAUGACCCUGGAUAGGAAAAAUUUGUCCCCUAUGUCUUUCGGAGAAACUGAUCUCGACACUUUUGGGCAUGCUGGAAAACUGUUUCGACGGGUUGACUGGAUCAAGGGGAGUGCACUCGUGAAAGAAUUUAUGGCAGACAUUGUAAAGGAUGUGGAGGGUUGUGCCGACGUGGGAGACGUUGUCCGUGUCUCCAGUCUUCUAGACAGGGAACAUCUUCUGGGUCAGGAGGAGAACUUUGCUCAGAACAUUUGUGAACUGGUGAAGGAUACAGACUUUGUUAUGUUCUCUAAGCUGCUCAAGAUUUGUUUGAGGUUGAACAUUCUCUUCCGGAACCGGUCGGCAUGGGACUUGUCGAGUGAGUUGCAGCAAAGGCUGGAGAAAAUGUCGGAGGUGCUGACCGUUGGUCAACUGGAAGAGCUUCUGUGGGCGGACGGUGGAAGCUUUGCCAGGGCUGUGUGGAGACUGCUAGAUUAUAGAGCUGCCAGGGGCUGCUACUGGUCCACAGACUUUCGACGUCACCUAGAGCAACGACUGACCCACAAAGUUGACCAGCCCGAAGCCAGGAGGGAGGAGGUGAGACUCUUUCUCACUCUAGCGGUCAAUCGGCUGACCAGUGGUCUCCAGAUCUCCCCGGUGGAACUGUCGGCGUUGACGCAGUCGAUGCAAAAACUGGACUUUGGUGACUUGCUGGCGUUUCAUCGGACAAUGGUGGCGGGGUUCAGGUCAAGUCUUCCAGGGAACGUCAAGAAACAGAUCCAACAGCUCAAAGUUCGGUUGUGCAGCGUGUUCAGCCACAAGCUGCAGCAAGCCAGAGGGGUGAGCCCAGAGUUCUCCCUCUUCACCGGCAGACAGCAGGUGGGCUCAGGGCCUGCGUCGGGGGUGGGGGAGAGAUGGUCGCUGUACGAGGAACUGUUGAAGGAACUGCCUCAGCUUGUCGCGUCGUCGUCUGCCGAUGAGAAAAGCUGUCUACGUGCCGUCACGCUGCUGAACAAAUUGUCGGAGUUUCACUUUGCGGAGGCCGAGACAUUGGAGACCUUGUUUUGUGUUGUAAGGUCAAGGACAGAGGAGAACUUUUUGGCCUCUCUACAGCUGCUGGAGGUCAUGGCCAAAUCAGGCUACCAGCCGAGACAGUUUGAGAAGUUUGUUGCCUGGAGUCAUCAGCUGGCAUCAGAUGUCAUGAGAUCUACGUGUCUCUCCAAGACCAAGCAGGUUGAAAUCGCUCUGUACCUGUCAAUGGUGGAGGUUUUUCCCGAUGACGUGCUACAGAAGAUCUUCAGUUUAGAUUUUCUUCUUUCACUGGAGAAAGAACUGGCAGAGAGCUCCAAAUCGCAGAGAGAGAGUGCCUUAGGGAACCUGGCGCUGCUCAACAGAAGCAUCUGUCUGGAGUGUCCUCAUGUCAACCUGACCUGGUUUUGCCACAAACAUUUGCCGGCUGGCCUGUCUGGCAGCGAUGACUUGAAGUUCCUAAGUGACAGACUCAUGAGCUCUCUCUGUCGUGUGUUUGGAGCCGAAAGUUUUGUGAAAACGUCUCAGCAUAGUCCGUAUGGACACCACAUAGACUUCCUCCUGAUGUUUGACUCAAACGGCCUCCCUGUGAUACCGUCAGACAACUUGCGGAAUGACUAUGAAAAGGUUGCAGUGCAGUUGUUGUCAAGUUCCGACUUUUGCCAGGACAGCGGUCAACUGACAGGUCAUACACUAGUGGAUAUAAGACAUCUACAGAUCCUUGGAUACUCUGUUGUCACGAUCCCUCAGCACCGUCUCUCCUCCAUGGACGUCCAGUCUGACGAGGCCUUGGACCAGGAGGUGUGGUCAACUGUCCAGUUUUCUGUCGCCUUCACACCGGUCUCUGGAACUUUUGUGCCAACACCCGAUGAGGGAGACAGAUGAAUUGGUCUCGUUGUAGCAGCCGAGUUGUACGGAAUAGAUUAUUUGUUCUUUGUUCUUCAGAAUGCAAAAGAUUGGAGUUAGAUCCUAGUGAAGGGAAUAUGUUUUGUCAAUUAAAUAUGUGUGUAGUGCUGACAAAAUGAGUUACUUUUUGCAAUCCACAAAUGGAGAUAUUGGUACAAAAUCAACAUCGAGAUCAAAUUAGUAGAUUUUCUAUUGAUGCUCUAUUUUUUAUGUAUAACAUGCCUCGUAUUAUUUCAUUCGUAUAAAUGGUAAAACUUCACUUAUAAGCUUGAUGUUUAUAUUUCCAUAAGGCUUGAAUCCGAGAAGUAACUCAUUGUGUCAGCACACUUUAUAUAUAUUUUGCUGUCCAUUGAUAUUGAUGAGGAUUAAGCAGUAUGCAUGGCACAGCUUUGUCUAGACGGCAGACAUAGAGUAAGUAGAAUGCCCACGUAUUAUGUCCCUCCUUUCAUAUCUCGACCUCUUUGGUAUGCUCAAAAAGAAAGACGUGGCCAAUAUGUUUGGAAUUAUAUUUUUAUAUGAACGACUCGACUUGCGGGUUCUGUGGAUGGAAGGGAUGAGUAUUUCUUGUGAUUUUGCCCUCCCUGAAGGGAAAGGGCAAAAGGAAAUGAGGCAGACCACGGUCGAUGAUGGUUACGCGAAAUUGUUGUUUCUGUUGAACAUGAUGUGAUAGGAAUAUUGGAUUCUUUGUGUCACUUUUGAAAACAGAUGGGUAGAAGACCUGCAAGUUUUUUGUUAACUUUUUUCACAACCCCCCAACUUCUUUGAAGUAACAAUGCUGGAAUCUUUAUUGUUGGAUUUGACAUUUUUAGAAUUAGGUGUUUUCUAAUCUGAAGCAUUUGUAUCGACUUGUGAUAUAAAUAUUGUUUUUCUGUUAUUUCGUUUUCUUUGAAAUUUGUCUCAAUGGGAGCUUAAAAAUAAAAAAACCCUACAUUUAUUUUAAAAAAAA